UUCACCAUUUUUAAUUUUUUUGUAUUUCUUCUAAUAAAUGUGGACCUCCAAUUUUAGUUUUGUUUGUGGCCACUUGUAUCCGAGGACCGCAAUUCUGUCAUCGAGUCAAAUACCAAUCCUAGAAACUCUCAUAUUAUUAAGGAUCUCAAAAGAAGCAGUUAUCCAUGGCGGCCUUACUGAUCAGAUCCAUCGCGAGAACCAUUAAACGGCCACCAGCCACAGCAUCAGCCGCUUACUCCACAGGUGGUGGUAGAGGUUGUACUUGUACGAGCAAGAAGCUAGAAGGCAAAGUAGCUCUCAUAACCGGCGGUGCAAGCGGGCUUGGAAAAGCCACGGGCGAGUUUAUCCGACACGGUGCUCGAGUCGUGAUCGUCGAUUCAGAUGAGGAGGGCGGUUUCAAAGCCGCUAAGGAGCUAGGGGUGGCGGCUGAGUUUAUGGUCUGCGACGUCACGGUGGAGGCGGAUAUAGCCAGAGCCGUUGAAACGACGGUGGAGCGGCAUGGAAAGCUUGACGUGAUGUAUAACAAUGCCGGGAUUGUCGGGCCCACGAUUCCGGCGAGCAUAUCGGAGCUUGAUAUGAAGGAGUUCGAGAAUGUGAUGAGGAUUAACGUUAUUGGCGUUGUCUCCGGCAUUAAACACGCCGCCAAAGUUAUGAUUCCCGCUGGAUCGGGAUGUAUUUUAUGCACUUCAAGCGUAGCAGGCGUGAUUGGAGGGCUGGCUCCACAUUCAUACACAAUCUCCAAAUUUACAAUCCCCGGGAUAGUGAAAUCGGCGGCGAGCGAGCUCUGCGAACACGGCGUGCGUAUCAACUGUAUCUCACCGGGUACGGUGGCGACGCCGCUCGCUCUCCGUUACCUUCGGAAAGUGUUCCCCACGGCGACGGAGGAAAAGCUCCGGGAAACAGUGAAAGGGAUGGGUGAGUUAAAAGGAGCAGAGUGCGAAGAAGCUGACGUGGCUAAAGCUGCUCUGUAUUUGGCAUCCGACGACGGUAAAUAUGUUACAGGGCAUAACUUAGUCGUUGAUGGCGGCAUGACUGCUUUCAAAAUCGCUGGUUUUCCUUUUCCUUCUGAUUCAUGAAUCAUUAUAGUUUGAUUUGUAACGAUAUAAUAAUAUAAAUAAGGAAUAAUAAGCUAAG